CUCGGCCUAGGGGGAGGUUAGGGCAGCGCGGCGGUGCUGGGGUGCUGCCGGUUGCGUACGGGGGUAGCUGGGAGAGUAGCGCGUCAGCGUGGGAUAAGGCCUCGCUUCACGGUGGUGGCGUUUUUUCUUCUAACAAACAGAAAGCUCUUUGCCAAAACCCUGCUUAAUUUGAGGAUUUGGUUAAAUACGUUUUUAUCCUUCUUAGGGUGCCCUAAAGCUAUAGGGGGCACUUACAUGGAUGUUAGAGAUCGGUGUUCACCAGGUGAAACUCGGCCUUCCUGGGGAGGUCUGGCUACGAAUUUGCAAGCAGUGCUUGAUGCGCAUUAAUGGGCUGUCAGCCUGAAGCUGCUCUUCAGGCCCUAAAGCGUAAGAAGAGGUACGAGAAGCAGCUUGCACAGAUAGAUGGCACGUUAUCAACGAUUGAAUUUCAGAGAGAAGCCCUUGAGAAUGCCAACACUAACACUGAAGUGCUUAAGAAUAUGGGUUUUGCUGCUAAAGCCAUGAAAGCUGCUCAUGACAACAUGGAUAUUGAUAAAGUAGAUGAAUUAAUGCAGGACAUUGCAGAACAGCAAGAGCUGGCAGAUGAGAUUUCAACAGCCAUCUCAAAGCCAGUAGGAUUUGGGGAAGAAUUUGAUGAGGAUGAACUCAUGGCGGAACUAGAGGAACUAGAACAAGAAGAACUAGACAAAAACUUGCUGGAAAUAAGUGGUCCCGAGACAGUACCACUACCAAAUGUGCCCUCAAUAUCAAUACCAUCAAAGCCAGCCAAGAAAAAAGAGGAAGAAGAGGAUGAUGACAUGAAAGAGCUGGAAGCCUGGGCAGGAACCAUGUAACCACAGCAGUAACUGGCUGGAGAAAAGACUUUGAUUACCUGUUCUGGGUGCAAAUGUGUUGUGUUGAGGAGAAAGCGUACGCAAAAUGUCUUUAUCUUUAAUUUUAACCCAAAGCAGUGGGAACUGCAUUGCUGUUUUCUGCAUAGCAUGGUCUGCACAAAGGAAAGAAAGGGGAGCAGGGGAAAUUGCCUGCGGUUUAUAUGGCUGACUUUCUGUAAAAAGAUAUUUGCAAAAUCAAACAUUCGGCUUUUGGACUGUGCUACUGCCACUGCUGGAUCUUCAUCUUCAAACAUUUGGGCCAUAUUGAAUUGAAACAAGCUGAAAAACUCUGUAAUUUUACGUCCGUUUUAGUGUGUCUAGAAGUCUUGUAAGGCAUUUAAAACCAGGAGAAGUUGUAAGCCACCGUCGGCUUCUUAUUGUGUUUAGGUGCAAGAAUGCUUUAGGUUUUUAGUUCUUUGCAAGUUAUAUUUAUAUCCCUCUACUGAUGUGUGGCCAGCCUUGUGUUUGUCACUGCAGCAGUGUAGUCACUAUUCCCAUUUUUAAUUGGUGAUAAUGAUUUGCGAUUGACCAACGCUAUCUUGGAAGUAGGGAAGACUUAAAUUUCAGUUGUACAUUUUUCUACAUAGCACUACAAUGUUUAUUGCUUUUUUGUGAUAAUUGAUAACCCAUUCAGAUACAUGCACACAAUUAUUUUAAUUAAGAAACUACUAUGGAUUGCACUGUAUUAAAUAUCAAUUAAUUUUCA